ACACACGAAAAGGAUUUGCACAAACAGACAGGAGGCCUGUAAAGGGUGGUGACUGAAAAGAUUCAAGCUUGAUAUUUUCUGCAGGAUUGUCCAAAAUGACCAGCCUUUUCUCAGCCAAAAUACAAUUGGCAAAAGAAAUGAAGGAGGAGGAUAAGUUGUACAGAUACAAUGGGGUGUUGUAUUCUGUCAUCAUGUCUCCAGAGGAGAACCUGAAGGCCAUUGAGAGUCUGGAAGCAAGAGCAGAUGAUGUAGUGUUAGUUGCAUAUCCUAAGUGUGGUUUUAAUUGGAUGGUGGCGGUGCUUCGUAAGAUAAUAGUAGCAGCAACUGGUGAGAAAACAGAUUCCAAAUAUAAUUCAUUGAUUGAGUUCUGUGGGCCACAGAUGCAGGAGGUUAUUCACCAAGCACCGGCCCCCAGAUUGCUGGGGACACAUUUACACCCAGACAACCUUCCACUAUCCAUCAAUACCAAGAAAACAAAGUUGCUGGUGAUGUUUAGGAAUCCAAAAGACACAGUGGUCUCCUACUAUCACUUCUCCAACAAUAACCCAGUCCUACCCACUCCUGAGUCCUGGGAAAGCUUCUUCUCAGAUUUUCUAAGUGGACAAGUUCCAUGGGGUUCAUAUUUUGACCAUGCGCUUGGCUGGGAGAAGAGAAUGGAGGACUCUAAUGUGAUGAUAGUCACUUUUGAGGAGUUGAAACAGGACCUAAGUGAAGGUGUAAGGAGGGUCUCUGAGUUCUUUGGUUUCAGUCUCAGUGAUGCCCAGGUCCAGGCUAUCGCUGGGGAGAGCAACUUUAAGGCCAUGAAGGAAAGCUCCAAGGAGUCAUACGGUCAUAUGAGCAACGUCAUCUUCAGGAAAGGUGAAGUAGGUGAUUGGAAGAACCAUUUCACCCCGGCCCAAAGUCAGGAGAUGGACGCUGCAUUUGAGAAGCACCUGGCUGGAACUAAGCUGGGGGCCAAACUGAAGUAUGACCUGUAUUGCAGGGACUAAUAAGCUGGAGGCCAAACUGAACUACACUUCAGACUGGACAAAACCUGGCUCAGAUUAGACAGGAUGAAAGGGAAACAGAUUAGUACGGUUUAACCCUAAAAUUCAAGAGAGCUGGUAUGUAGCAGCUAAAAUGACAUACAGAAUCAGAAAAUUGGUGGUAUUACACUUGUGAAGGACUCAAUGAAGGAGCAUAGUUUCCAUUGUUCUCUGCAUUGUUCUAGGUAAUUUUCUGGUCCAAAAUGUUACUGAACAUGGCUGUCUAAAACAAGCAUUUUUGUGAAAGAUGAGAGAUUCUGUUUUGAAGGGGCAUUUUUGUGAAAGACUAGAGAGGUUAGCAUUUUAUACUUGUAAAUCCUUUUUUUUUUAAAUAAAGUUGGUAAAUUGAUUGAU